AUGGGCAGUAACUAAUGCUUUGCUUCUUAGAGGGAGCAAAAAGAUAUUUCAUUACCUACUAACCCUGCAAGCUACAUAUUUAAAUAGCUGGAUGUUAUUUGAAACAGAGUGUGUUCUUCUGGCAGAACAAAGAAUGAGCUGGUUUAACUGACCCCUUUCAGGAUACAUUUGAAGGUUAAGCAACUACAGAUCUCAGCUAAUCUGAUGUAAUCUGCUGUUACUAAAUGGCUGUCUACAUUCACAUUUGUAGCACACUGCACGAGUGCCUAGGAAUCAAGUUUUCAAUUUUUUUUUCAUAUCAGUUCUGCUGGGAGGAAGUCAUGUAUCUGUUCAUUUGUUUCUACCUCCUAAUGAGCUUUUUUGAAGAAGUGCAUGGUUUUUGUCCUUCACAAUGCACAUGCGUUUACCAUGGCAGAAGUGAUGGCACUGGAACAAGGUCUGUGCUCUGUAAUGAUCCUGACAUGUAUGAGAUCCCUGUGAAUGUUCCCGUGGAUACUGUAAAACUACGUAUAGAGAAAACUGUCAUAAGAAGGAUUCCAACUGAAGCCUUUUACUACCUAGUAGACCUCAAAUACCUGUGGCUAACUUACAACUGCAUAGCAAACAUUGAUAUCAGCAGUUUCUAUAACUUGAAACUACUGCAUGAGCUACGGCUGGAUGGUAAUCUGCUCUCGACUUUCCCUUGGGAAUCGCUGGCUGAGAUGCCCAACCUACGGACUCUUGAUUUACACAACAAUAAAUUGACUAGCAUUCCUGCUGAUGCUGGCCGGUACCUGAGAAACCUCACCUACCUGGACAUAUCCAGCAACAAACUAACCACCUUGCCAUCAGAUUUGAUGGACAUUUGGCCCCCCUUCUUGGAAGCUGUUCUGUCCAAGACCACAGACAUUCUGGUGACCGAGAGAGUAAUUUUGGGUUUGCAGGACAACCCAUGGUUUUGUGACUGUCGUAUUUCAAAGCUAAUUGAAUUUUCCAAAAUUGUGGACAACUCAGUUGUUCUUCUGGAUCCAUUGGUUUUGUGUAGUGGACCUGAGAGCCUGGCAGGAAUCUUGUUUCAGAGAGCUGAGUUAGAGCAAUGUCUUAAACCAUCUGUGAUGACAUCAGCAACAAAAAUCACUUCCCCACUUGGAAGCAACGUUCUGCUACGCUGCGAUGCGACUGGGUACCCGACACCACAGCUUACUUGGACUAGGUCAGACAAUAUACCAGUGAACUAUACAGUAAUUCAAGAAACACCUGGAGAGGGUGUCAGAUGGUCCAUAAUAAGCUUGACAGGGAUUUCAUACAAGGACGCAGGAGAAUACAGAUGUAAAGCCAAGAAUUUAGCAGGAAUGUCAGAAGCUGCUGUUACUGUCACAGUAGUUGGUGUAGUUACUACAACUGUGUCACCCCAGAAGUAUGGAAGGAAGCAAGAUACAGAGAAACAGAAUAACACUCAGGAGGAAUCCAAGCAGGAGCCUGAGAGGACAACUACACCUCUUCCCACAACUCCAACGACCACAACACUGGUUAGCACUGAAAGGCCAACGAGCACCAGGUUCACUGACAAGAAGCAAUCCAGACCUGUGUUUGAUGGAAGGAAGAAUUCAAAGGCAGUAACAAAUGGAAACAAAAAGCAGACUGGGGAGUUAAGCAAGAAAGGUGAGGAGACAAAGCAGGCUGGGGAGAUAAGCAAGAAAAGUGGGGAGACUUCAUUAAAUACAACAGAUAGUGCUGAGCAAGAUGUUACUGUAAAGGACCUGAGAGUGAUCAGUGAAACUGAUGAAAGAGUGACCUUAACUUGGAAAACUGUCAAUGCCACAAGCAACUCUGCAGUGACUGUGUUAUACUCAAAGUAUGGUGAGAAAGAUAUGCUGCCUCUGAGCACUGAUUCUAGCAAAAAUAGAGUCACAAUUGAUGGUUUGCAUCCUAGUACUCAGUAUAUGGCAUGUGUAUCACCUAAAGGAGUGCCACCUACAAAAGAGCAGUGCAUUAUUUUCUCCACUGAUAGUCUAAAUGAUGAAAGCAGCUCUCAAUUUUCUACUCUGAUACUGGCCAGCAGUGCAGCAUGUGUGGUUUUUUUACCUUUGAUAAUUUUCUUAAUCUACAAAGUUUUAAAACUUCAUUUGAAACCACGAACUGCAAAGGAAGCUGAACUUGCAAGAGAGACCUAUGUGAAAUUUGAAACACUCUCUCUGAAGCCUCGACCGAUGAAUGCAGGAGAUCAGCUUUGGGCACGAAGGUACACAGAUGAGUCAGAGAGACUUCUCCUUUGUUCAAGGUCAAGCAUGGAUUCUCAAAUGACCUUCAAAAGUGAGGGCUCUAGGUCUGAGUAUCUGUGUUGAACAUGGGUGAAGGUGGAGGAAAUGCAAUAGGUAAAAUUAAUAAAAAACAAUGUUACUGCCUCUGAAAGCAGGUUGAUACUAGAUGGUCAGAAAAUAUUAUCUGAUGUUAUGCAGUAUUCUGAAUGGGUAAAGUGGUGGGUUGGAGGGAGAACAGGAGAAAAUUGUUGCCUGUUUAUUUUCUUUUUCUUAUGCUUGUGACUUUGGAUGUGAAGGAAUGAUGUUCUUCAAAAGAUAAAUACAGCAUGAAGUGGUUGCCUGGUUAAAUAUCUUCUGGUUUUUGUUUUGAUUAAAAUAUCAUUCUGUUUUCUCUCAUUUUACUGCAUGAUGUGCUUGUUGCAUGUCUCAAACAGUAAUCACAACCUUCAUAAAAACUAUGUACUUCAAAAAUAGGAAAACACUUGAAACUACUGUUGAGGUCAAAACUUUAUUUGAAAAUACAAGUUUUCUUCUGACAUCAGCUUAUGCUUUGAGAUGUCAUACAGCUCUGUUUGUACGAUAUCUUGGACUGGAAGCAACCUCAGGUCAAUCAAGACUGAAACCAGGUAGCCUCAGGUGACGGACUCUUAAGAGGUACAACACUCAUCAUGCUGUCAUUUUGCAAAUGCUACAGCAAAGGAGCUUCUUUAGUAUUCUGAAGCUCAGGUAAGAUCAUUAAGAGUAACUCUGAGGGAUGAGAGGUACUAGAUAUCAAUAAUGUUAAUUUACAACAAAUGAUCUUAUUGUAAAAUCUCAGCCUUAGAAUUUACUUGGAUGCAUGUGUCUAUAUACCUCAAUUUUAGGAAUCGCUGUAUGGAGAAUGUUGUGGUACUUCGUAAUACAACACACACUCUUGCAUACCUAUGUAUUGCAUAGGUAUUGCACAAUGUCAUGUACUACACUGUAGCAAUGGAAUACAUUUUCAAACACAGUCAGAGAAUGUCAUGUUUGUGUAAUGAAGUUCACUGAGCAUAGUGAAAGUGAAUUGUGAGCCUGCUUCCCAAUGUAUAAAAAACCCAGAUGUUCUCAUUGAUGGUAAUGAUGAAUGCCAAUUUGCCUAUUAAUGAUAAUAAUGAAUUCUCUAUUCUGAGGCUACUUAUUUAUUGUCUGAAGUAAAUAACACAGCUUUUAUUGUUUUAGGUUCAGAUAUUAUGGUUAGGAUUAUGUAUAAAUUGAGAACCACAAUUUUUACUAAAAAUUACAACUGCAUUGUGUUCUUGGACCUUUCUGUGCUUAGAAGAACUAUUUGUUUUGCUAGGAAAUUGGCAGUCUUCUCUUUCCAGAUGAAGAAGUGUUACUCAAAGCUACAAACCAAAGCCUAGUGAGUUUACUUGAAAAAAGUGUCUUUUCUUCAUGUCACUAGUGUAGGAUUACAUUUGUCUGCUAGAAUGCUAGAGAGCUCAUCUUGUAAGGCACAGCUUGGCAAGAGGAAAACACUUUGCCAUGAUUUUAUGUUGGAGAUGUUUUGACAGAGAAACAACAUGGUGAAAAAUCUCCAUAGCAUCUGCGUGAUGGUGUUCAGUGGUGAGGAGUAGUAGAAUGAAUUUUUGAGCCCUUGGGAGCUGUAGCAAGGAAACAGGUGAGAAGUCAAAAGUGCAAAAUGAGUGUACCUGCAUCUGCUUUUAGAAUUAACCUUGGUGUUUUUUCUGUUACUAAUAUGUGUGCUUAAAAGUGAUCUUUCUUCUUUUUCCUUGGGUAAUUUUGAUUGCAGUGAAAAUGUUUUUAGUUUCCUGAAUGGAAAUUUUUUACCUUGGCAGGUUUUUUUGAAAUUUGGGAUCUUUUAGGGGACAGCAGAUUUUUUUUUUUUUCCUGAAAAGCAGUUUACGAUAAACUAAAUUUUUAACAGAACCUGAAGGGUUACAGUACUUGCCUUCUAUUUUCCAUAUAGAUAGUAUAGAUAACCAGUAUUUGUUGCUGAAGAUGUUUCCAGCUGUUUGUAAUUAAUGAGAGCAAUUAUUUUAACAUUUAAUUUUUAAUUUCUGGAGAAUAUUUGAUUUCAUGCUUCAAAGCUUUGCAAGAAAUGUGAAUCUAAUUCUGGAUUUCAAUUGUGCUAUCACCUGACUAGUAGAUGAUAAAGAAAUAUAUUACACUGAGGUGGUGCAAAGCUCAUUUGAGAGAGCUCACUUGCAAAUGUGAAGCCUUUUGGUUUGACUAAUCCUUGUGGAAUUAGCGUGUCCUAAAGUUAGAAAUUAAUCUCUAUGAUCAUGUGUGCUAUCGGAAUAUCAAAGAUGGAAUGUUUUAUAAAGGGCAUGUUCUUUUGAGAAAACAUGAGAUACAUUAUUUUUUCCACAGUUCUUGAGACAACAGUCAUAUAACCCAGACAUGCUUCUGUACCUCAUGUCAAAACAGCAAAUUUACUGGGGAAUUUCAAUAGGAAUUUGAUGCAAAGGUCAAAUCACAAAAUGAAGACAUUUGCCCAGCAUUAUCCAGGUUUAGUCUAAUUAAAGAGCUUAGGAAAUACUUCUGGUGACAGAUGAAAUUUUCUUAUUAUAAAUUGUUAAUAUUAAUGAUAGAAUCAUUGUGAGAGAUAUUUUUGUCACCUGUCUUCUGAAAUGCAAUACUGAAUUAAUCAUCACAAUGAACAGUGAUGUCUAUAAUCUGUUUGCCUGGUAGAAAAAUUUGGAGAGGAUUUAACCAAUGUUUAUGCAUCGCCUUUCAUAUAUUUUGCACUUUGUUAGCUCAGUUAAUCCUGCAGUUCAUCAAGAAGAUGUUAGACUUCUUUUUAUUCAUUAGCUACAAUGGGUGUGUCAAAAUUGGAUGGUUAAUGAAAUAGCUGAGGAAUGUGAGCUGAAUUCUAAAUAGAUCUCAUUUUUACUUAAAGCUUUAGUGGGCCUCAGCACUUGUCAUAGAUAACCACAAUCCUGGCUUCAAUGUGCACUUACUAAGCCCAGCUUUAGGCAUCCAUGCAUCUAUUUUAGUCCUUGUUGCUCAGAAUGGGCUUUGUAUUCCUUGGACUAUCAGAUUCUCGUACUUUUCCCAGGCAGGGAAUUAAGAAAAAAAACCCUCUUGUGUGUACCAUGAAAAUGUCUGUAAUAGCAAAAACAUUCAGACUUGGGCUAUACUGAAGAGACUAAACAAAGGACAUUUAAACUAAUUAUCUUUUCAAAGAAGUAAUUAAAUAGAAGUUGUUUU